AGGGAGGCUGAGGCAGACAUGGAGCCCCUCGGCCCCUUCCUCCCGCUCUUCUUCCUCCUCUUCCUCUCCGCCGGGGCGACCGCAGCCGAGGGGGAAGAGCCGAAGCCGAGCCGAGGCGGAAACAUCCGAGCCGAGGACCAGGGCCUGGUCUCCGAGUACUUCUCCCAGGCUUCCCAGCCGCUCAUUCCCUACAGCUGGUACGGCAAUGCCAAGCUCUUCUCCUUCCGAGUCCCAGAGGACGCCCUGCUGUUGCGUUGGCUGCUGCAGGCCUCCCGUGGGAAGGGACGCUCGUGCCAUGACGUGGAGAUCUCUGUCCACGUCCGCUUUGGAGCCCCGCCAGUCAUCAACCCACUGAGCACCCAGUUCCCGGCCAACGUGAGUGUCCGCCUGGCCCACCGCCUGAGCCUGAGCCUCUCAGCUGCCCGGCAGAACAGCACCUUCCUGAACCUCACCAGCCCCGCUGCAGGCUACUGGUUUCUUGUUGCCCACCUGCCAAAGGCUGACGGGAAGAUUCAGGUGCAGGGCGUCUCCUCUCCAUGCUCCUACGUCUUCCAGCCAGACUUGUUUGUGCUGCGCAUGGUGGACAUGCCCAUCCUACAGCCCAAUAUCCCUCUGCGCCGAACCAUCUGGACAAACCGACCUCUCCACGCCAAGGUCUUUGUCCCUUCAUACAGUGCCAUGCUUCACUUGGAACUAGGGGCCUGCACCGUCAACGUCUCCUCCACCCCUUGUGCUGUGCGGGUGAUGCUGGGCUUGGUCACACUGUCUGAGUCCUUCAGUCGGAAGGAAUUCAACUGCACAGGGCCCUGCAACCUCUUCCUUGCUUCGCCUCCCUGGGAGAAGUGGCUGCGCAUCACAGUGGACAGCCUCAGUGGCCCUGGGGCUGGUGUCUCCUUCACGGUGACUGCCUCCUUCACAGCCUGCUGGCCAGGGGGCCCCAGCUCCUUCCUGAGCUUCUUCCAGAGCCUGAACCGGAGCCAGGAGGUCUCUCAGCCGGGAGGCAGGCCCAGCAAUGCCACGCUGCCAGCCAAUACAGAGGUCGCCGACCCUCCUGGCUCCUGCCUGCGGGACCACGCCGUCAUCCGGGAGGACCUGGACAUAGUCUGGGUGCGCUUCCGCAUCCUGGGUGAUACCAACAUUCCCGUCCAGGCCCAGCUGCCCAGCCUUCUCCUCCUGAACCUCGAUUCCAUCGCAGACAGUGGGGGGACCCUGGUGGUGAACUUGCUGCUGAACAAGACCUCCCCGGGCAUUGGGAACGCCACUGUCCGGGCCUGCCUGAGUGCCGCCUCCCCCGUCCUGUCUCUGAAUGCCACAGAAGACUGUGAGACAGGUGAGCACGUGAGUGGCAGAUCUGUUCUUUCUGCCCAGGGCCCUAUGUGGCUGGACUGUCCUUCAGGAGUCGAGGGGGGGGGGGGAGAGGCCCAUGGACCUCCCUCUCUCUCCCUCUCUUCCCUUACUUCCUUCACAGCAUUCUUCCAAGGCUAUGGGCUAAACGUCAGUACCUCAUCCCCGGAGGCCUCCCUUGUAGUCCCUUACCCAGAGUCUGACAACUGGUUCCUUUCCCUCCAGCUCGUCUGCCCUGAACCAUCAGCGGAAUGCCUCCAGGCCAAGGCCCAGCUGGUCGUCCUCGCCUACCUCAGUCCCUGCGUCGACGACUGCGGGAUGUAUGGUCAAUGCAGCCUCAUGAGGCGCCACGGCUACCUCUAUGCUGGCUGCAACUGCAAGGCCGGUUGGGGUGGCUGGGGUUGCACUGAUGGCACCAAAGCCCAGAGCCUGGGGGCCCAGACGCUGGCCAUCCUCCUGCUAACACUCAGCAACCUCCUCUUCUUGCCAGCCAUCGUGGUGGCCCUGCAUCGCUACCACCUGGUGGAAGCCGCCGUCUACACCUUCACCAUGUUCUUCUCCGCAUUCUACCAUGCCUGUGACCAGCCUGGCGUUGUGGUCUUCUGCAUCAUGGAUUACGACACGCUGCAGUACUGUGACUUCCUGGGCUCUGUUGUCUCCUUAUGGGUGACCAUUCUCUGCAUGGCCCGAAUCAAAACGAUGCUGAAAUACGUCCUUUGUGUGCUGGGGACCCUCUUCAUCGCCAUGUCUCUGAGCCUGGACCGCAGAGGGGUCUGGAACAUGUUGGGGCCCAGCCUUGUCGCCCUCACCAUCAUGACCAGCGCAUGGGUUUUCCGCUGUGUGAACCGGCGCCACUGCUACCCGCCCUCCUGGAGGCGGUGGGCCUUUUUCCUCCUCCCCGGGGUCGGCCUGGCCCUCGUGGCCGGAUCAGUGUAUGCCCUCACGGAGACCUCUGAGAACUACUACUACACGCACAGCCUGUGGCACAUGCUGGUGGCCACCAGCCUGGUCUUCCUCCUCCCACCGGGAGAGAAGCAGCAGGAGUCCUGGUCAUGGUCUUGGUCCCGCAAGCUGUUCUGCCGCUACGAGAUCUGCCAAAAUGACCGGGAUGAGAUGUACACUGCGACGUGACACUCCUGGCUUUCUUGUCCGGAGCUCCCAGCCUCCUCUCUCCAGCCCGACCCUCCUUCCCUUUCUCCAGGCAGAAGGACCACCACAGGGCCCUCAUCCAGGGACUCUUCCUGAGGUGCCAAGCGGCUCAGCAUGGGGCUGGUCAACCAGACUCUGGGCUUGAUUGCUUUUCCUUGGGAGCUCUGAAAACACCAGAAACCGCCAGCCUGCCCUGGGCCCUUCUUCCUCUUGAAAGGCCAGCACUUGGGCUCUGGGAGCUUUUGGCCCUUGAUGCGGGUUCUCUUUGGGGAAAGUGGCCAAGGUCCCUGAAGGGCUGCCUGGGAGGGACCGACUCCUGGAGCCCUGCCUUAAGCCUUGCUUGGGGCCCCUCGCUUGUGCGGCAGGGACCUCGAAUGAGAAAAGACACCUCAGGAAGAGCCUCAGCCGCUGAAGCUCACACAGUUCAGUCCGUCACUUUCUCUUUUAGUUCGUUGUGUUUGUUUGUUUUUUAAAAGCCACAGAAAUGCCCUUGAUCUUUAUUUUUUUAUGUGUGUUUUUAUUUAAUUAAAACUGCUGCUUGCACUUGUUGUGUCUCUUUGGGUUUUUUUAAGUGGGUUUCCAGGUAUCCAGUUAAAAGCAAUUAAAAUGUUGGAUUGCUGUGAGUUUUCCAGGCCAUGUUCCAGAAGCAUUCUCUCUUGAUGUUUUGUCCACAUCUAUGGUUGAGAGGUCUGUUGAAAACUAGGCAAGUGGGGUUGAUAUAUCUGUGAAAGGUCCAGGGUGGAAGAAAACUCUUGUCUGUUGGAGGCAAGCGUGAAUGGUGCAAUUAAUCAAUUUGAUUACCAUUGAAUAGCUGUCACUUUCUCUUUUAGAUCAUUGUGUUUGUUUGUUUUUAAAAAGCCACAGAAAUGCCCUUGAUCUUUUUUUUUUUAAUGUGUGUUUUUAUUUAAUUAAAAUUGCUGCUUGCA